AUGCCCGCAAAGUCGCGAUUCACGAGGCUAGAUGCCUUCGCCAAGACCGUUGAAGAUGCCCGCAUUCGCACGAACUCUGGAGGUGUCAUUACAAUUGCUUCGCUAUUAAUUGUUAUGUGGCUGGUAUGGGGUGAAUGGGCCGACUACCGACGAGUUGUGGUGCAGCCGGAGCUUGUCGUUGAUAAAUCGCGAGGAGAGCGAAUGGAGAUUCACUUGAACAUGACCUUCCCUCGGCUGCCAUGUGAGCUCUUGACAUUGGAUGUGAUGGAUGUCUCUGGUGAACAGCAGGUCGGCGUUGCCCAUGGCGUGAACAAAGUCCGCCUGAGCCCACACAAUGAAGGCGGUAAGGUGAUUGAUGUCCAGGCUUUGGACCUACACUCCCCUUCAGAAGCUGCGAAGCAUCUGGCUCCCGACUACUGCGGUGAAUGCGGUGGAGCAACACCUCCUGCCAAUGUUAUCAAACCGGGAUGCUGUACUACUUGUGAGGAAGUGCGCGAAGCCUAUGCCGAGAAGCAAUGGGCCUUCGGCGACGGCAGCAAUAUUGAGCAAUGCAAGCGCGAAGGAUAUGCCGAGAAACUUGCUGAGCAGCGCCGCGAGGGAUGCCGCAUCGAGGGUGUGCUGAAGGUCAACAAGGUGGUAGGCAACUUCCACAUUGCACCAGGCCGCAGCUUCACCACCGGCAACAUGCACGUCCAUGAUCUGGACGCCUAUAUCGUGCCUAACGCGGGCCCGGCGGACCAGCACACGAUGUCCCACUUGGUCCACGAGCUUCGCUUCGGGCCCCAGCUUCCCACCGAACUCGCAGGCCGCUGGGGUUGGACCGACCACCACCACACCAACCCGCUCGACGAUACCAAGCAGGAGACCGACGAACCAGCCUACAACUUCAUGUACUUUGUCAAGGUUGUCUCAACAUCCUACUUGCCUCUAGGCUGGGAUCCUCAGUUCUCGACCUCCAUCCACAACGCCUACGACAAGGCGCCUCUUGGCUCCCACGGCCUCGCCUACGGUGCUCAGGGUAGUAUCGAGGCUCACCAGUACUCGGUCACCUCUCACAAGCGUCCUCUUUCCGGUGGAAACGAUGCUGCGGAGGGCCACAAAGAGCGCGUGCAUGCCGGUGGCGGUAUUCCGGGUGUCUUCUUCAACUACGAUAUCUCCCCUAUGAAGGUUGUCAACCGUGAAGCUCGCCCGAAGUCUUUCACCAACUUCCUUACUGGUGUCUGUGCUAUCAUUGGUGGUACUCUGACUGUUGCUGCUGCUUUGGAUCGCGGUCUCUAUGAAGGCGCUAUGCGCGUCAAGAAGCUGCACUCGAGCUAG